AUGAGAAAGCUAUUGCUUUUGGUACGAUCGUUGUUGUUGGUUGCUGUGACUGCAACCACUAGCGCAAACGAUACGCCUGUACCGAAUCCCAUAUCGGAAGAUAUAUCGUCUGUGCUAUCAGCAUCGAUCCAGCCUGAGAUACCCUCAGCACAACCAUCAGUACAAUCUGAAAUACAAUCAAUACCCUCAGUACAAUCCGAAAUACAAUCUGUACCCUCAGUACAAUCCGAAAUACAAUCGGUACAACCAUCGGAAGUACAGCCGUCACCUGUUGCAAACUCUAUAGAAUCCAAUACAAACACUAAUACAAACACUAAUACGUAUCCUGAUGCGGGUUCAUCAAUACAACCAAACAGUGUUUCUAAUUCCAUCGUAAGUCAACCAUCUGAUGACAUUAAUACGGACGACUUGAAUUUCCUAGACGAUGGUUCGAGCCAACAAGGUCCAUCUUCAAUACUAUCGAUUAAUCCAUCAGUGCAGCCAUCAUCUAUUGAUUACCACUCAAGCUCAAAAAUCAAUGUAGAAUCCUCUUCAAGUGUCAUUCCAGUAUUUGCGCCAUCUGAAGCUAGAGCUCCCGCGAAACCUCCUGCUUUUGAGAUCAGUUCCUCCGCUUCUAGUGUUCAAGUUUCUUCACAACAGCAACAACCAUCAAUCCAACCUUCAUCAGUUGAACCAGUGCAAUCUAACUCGCCAUCCCCAUCAUCAGUUGUGCCUAGCCCAUCUUCUGUUAUACCACUUGUACCUCCUGAGGUUCAAGUUUCUCCAUCAUCUGCCGCACCACUUAUACCACCAGAAGUCCAAGUAUCACCGUCUUCUGUUUUGCCAUCUAGUUCAAUAAGUCAAUUGGGACCAUCAAUUUUGGUAUCACCACCAGUCUCGUCACCACCAACCUCAUCUAUACCGUCACAACAAAUAUCUAGCCAAGAAAUUAACUUUUCAGAGUUUUCAGGAUCAUUUAAUGUUCCUAGCUGGCUAUUAUCUAGUAAUGCCCCUUCUUCUUCAUUUAGUGAACAACUAAGUCCAUCAUCCUUGGAUUAUUCACAGGCAAUCCAUUCACGAGUAGCUGAUAGUUCAACCACUACCCUACCCCUAAUAGUACCACCAACAACUACGACUACACCCACACUUGUUUCUGAAAGUUCUACUCUUUCCAAUUUCCUGAAGCCUUCUGCCGAUAGAGAAUUCUCUGUGCACUUUCCCGUACUAUCACCUUCUUCAAUAGAGAAUGAACCACCAUCCUCGAUUCAAUCGGUUGCAUCCAGCACUAUAUUGAGCCAGGCUGCACCUUUAUCUCCUGCCCAAGCAGCAUCAAUCCCAUCCUCAAUACUUGAACCAACAGGUUCAAGUGUUGCUAGUGAAUACAUAAGCUCGAACAGCUUGUCACAAAUCCCUGUCGAAGCUGUUGAUGCCAAACAAGCACCAUCUUCCUCUUCACUAUCAUCAAUAUUGUCAAACACUGACAACAUUGAAGCUAUUUCUUCAAAUUUGGAACAGGCAACCCCAAGUAGGCCAGUUGAUAAUAAUGCAACACCAACUGCCAAUUCGGGAACAGUACUGGAUUCUGCAUCCCAAAUUAAUAGUCAAUCUAUCUCAAGAGAUGAUGCCUCAUAUGCUGAAAUUGCACAAUCAAGCGUGAAUGUUCAAAACAGCGCAUCCAAUUUUGCCAAUUCAGUGCCAAGUGCUGAUUCUUCCAACACUAUCCCACAACCUGAAGAUAAUACCCCCACAACUUCUACGGUUUCAGAGUUUACUGCUUCCAAUGUCGAUGUGUCUAGCGUACACAUAGCUUCAAAAGAUGCUGACUCUAGCCCAAACUCUGUAUCUAAUCACGAUGCUUUAAAUAGUGUUGCUCCUUCAGUAGAUGUGGAUAUCGUUAGCUCCAAUUCCAUUCCUACACAAGUUUUGACCGAGCCAUCUUCAGCAGUACCUCCUAAUGUAGGUUUCGAUAUUAGUAGCGACAUAAACAUACCAUCAGAAAAUAUUGAAAGUGACUCCAAUUUAGUCGUGACUUCUACUUCAAGACCAUCACAGGGUACAUUUCAAAAUAACCCAACUAAUUCAAGAACCAUAACAAAUCAAAUACCUUCCAGUGCUUCUCCUCCACCAGCAACACCAACUGGACCCAAGACAUUGUCCAGCGAUGAAAAUUGGCUACCUAGUGGAAUUAUAUUUCAAAGUGAUUUUGCAACUACAGUUUCAUCUUCCUUCAAUCCGACUGCUACAAAGAGUUUGCCCCAGUUUAUCGCUCCUCCUAAGAUGACCGUGAAAUCUCCGAAUACAACAUUGGUAACAAUAGGACUAAAACAAGGCCUGAACUAUCAAUUUUUGAUUGAUAACCCUUUAUCAUCAGCACAAAUAUUCAAUUUUCUUCCCAGUGUUUUGACGUAUCCAUUUUCCUCUUAUGCACCUAAUGAUUUCCCCAUCAAUUCUUUAAUAGAUGAUAAUGCGUUGGCUUUCUUAGAUUCUAAUUUAUUCAAUGCUUCCACAAUUAGUGUACACGGUAUUGUUCCUUUACUUAUCCCUGGCCAUGAAUUCUUUGUAUCGGUCGUGGAGGUUUAUUUUCCCAACGAUCUAUUAGAUUCUCUAAGUGCGUUGAUAAAAGAUAGAAAUUCGUCAUUGUAUUCUAAUCCAAAUGAUUCGCUUAGUGCACUAGCCAGAUUGAUUGAUCCUUCCAUACCAUUGACAGGUCUGAUUUCUGGAUCGAGUAUUGAAUCUACAUCGAACUCUGAUGCAGACUACAAUAGUGACCAAUCAGGCAACACGAGACAGAGUAGGAAAGGAAAAGGCUUACCCAGCAAUUUAUCCAUCGUUGGUAGUCUUGACAAUUAUGAUAAGAAUCCAGAGAAAGAAGAACAUAAAAAUCGUGUUAUUUCAAUAGUAUUACCAACAGUUCUUCCUUUAGGUUUGCUUUUUAUAUGGUGUUUGUUCUUCAUUCUGAUGUCAAGAACGCAAAGAAGAAGAAAAGGAAAUGCAACUAUUGAGAAAUCGAACAUCAAGGUUGACAAUACUAGUGGAUAUCAUGACAAUGGUAGAAGCAAUUACAAGGAUAAUGUGUACGAUGGCAUCUUGGACGAAAAGCACUACUCAAGUUCCGAAGGGGUUUCCAAUGGAAGUACGAUGGCAGGCCUUGCGUAUGCCUUCAACAAUUUUGUCGGGGGACCGAAUAUGUACUCGAGUUACGAUACUGGUGCCUUAGCAGAUAGUACAUUGUACAGCUCAAGUAAUCAGCUCCAGAUCCCGAGGGAGAAUUCCAGUCCUUGGCCCGCACAAUAUAUCACUGCACCAAGUAGGAAAUCUCAACACUCAACUGAGGAGGUUUCCCCUAUAACUUUGGUUCCCAGAAUCGACAGUGAUGUUUACAACCUGCAAAAACAAGAAAUGAUGGCAGAAAGCGUUUCCGGUACGUUUUCUCUUGGAAGUGACAUAUUCAUCGAUGAUGAUGAAGAUGAAAAUGUAAAAGAUUUACAAAUCGAAGAUGUGGAUGAAUUUGAUGAGGAGUUGUACAAACGACUUUCAAAAUUCACAGAUUAUCGAGAUGUAAAUAAUAUAAGUCUUUGA